UUUGGCGCCUGGUAUCGGUCUCGCUUUGGGCUGGUUCGAAUUUGGUUACACGCACUGGUUACUUGGUGUACGGUGAGCCAAUAUCAACAUUCAUAUUCAUUUGGAAUUGAGUUUCUGGCUUGCAACGCUUUGGUUCAAAGUGCUCGCUCCGCCCCACUUUCACAAUGGCCGCCGUUCAGGUUCAGGUGUCCAACACGCCUUCACCUCCCCCACGCGUCCGAACACCUCAAACUCCAAAGUUCGGCGCGUUUGGUGACAGCUGGAUGCCCUACUCGCCGCCAAGAAAAUCCGCAAGAAUUGCCAACCGCACACCUUCACCCUACUCGUCGACAACAUCAGCAUCCCGCGACACAACGUCAAGGAAAUCAACAUUUUCAACCCCAGCGACAUCCCCUCAAAAGAAGCGCGCCCCCGCCAUGGACUCGGUCAUUCGCGCAUCUCGCGCAUCCCACGCAUCUUCCUCACGCGCUGACAGCGCCCGACACGCAGCCGAUUUGCUGACCAUUGGACCGUCAAAGCCGCAUCAGAAGAGCACCGCCGCCAUGCUUCCUACCCCAGCCAAGACCCCGCGCAAGCAGCCUGAUGACAAGCUUGAAGCCGGUGUCCGCGGCAUUGCCCGCACUCUCUUCCAUGGCGAGUCAUCCACAGCUGAAGCUGUUGCCUCGCCCCGCAAGAGAAAGGCCAAGACGUACUCUGGCGUUUCAUUGCAGAGCUUCAGAGCUGAGGAAGUAGACGAGGAAAUCCCCAUCUUCACCGAUACUCGUGAUAGACUCCCCGAGGUGGAUGCAAGCAACGACAACCCUUUCUAUGGCAACACAAUUGAGAAUCAGCAACCCAGCACCAGCACACGACGAAGUACCAGGGUCAAGAAGGUCCUCGUUCCCGGCAUGGGCAGAAUUCCUGUCGAUGAGGCUGUCCAACGUGGCGAUGGCAUAGUCUACGUAUUCCGUGGGAAAUCUUUCUGGAAGCCGCGCGAGGAUGGCAAUUGCGGCGAUGAUGAGCACCCCGCCGAAAACCCUGAAGCCGACGCCGAGGUCCUUGUCCUGCCUUCGUUGCAACGUUCUGGAUCUCCGCCUCGACGAACAACCCGCUCCUCAAUGAAGCCCCGCCUUCUGUUCCCACGACAGGCGAAGCCAAAGGUCAGUCUCGAGACCGAUGAUGAGGAGGCUGCCACCGACAUUGAGGACCACGUCUUGGCCGACAAUGCCGAGCCAGAGGUGCAGGAACCUGAAGUCGAGACGCCCACGCUCGAGGAGCCGGCUGAACCGGACACACCUUCCGCACCCCGCUUUGCGCCUGCAUCUCCUCCCACUACUGCCCGUGCUACUCGUGUGAGCAAGAGAUUGACCGCAGACGACACUCCGGCAAAGCGUACCAGUAGGCGCAGCCCGUUUGACGCCUGGCGACGAUCCAAGAGCAGUGCUAUUACUGCAGGUCACAAGCGUGAGGCCGACACCAUCCUCCAGAACGAUGGAGCACUGAAGCGCCCGCGUGCUUAGGCGGCACAGGUCGACCCAGAGAGGGACUUGACGGCGGCCUAUCUCCGACACCGUCUCCACUAGUAAUUGUCGAGCUCAUGCAUUAGCACUUUUGUUUAUUUCGUCAUGUUUAGGCCCUUUGCGGGUCAGGAAAGAGAAGAGGGCGUUCGAUGAUGAUUUUGCGAUGUGGCAUGGCGUUUUGGGGGUUAAUCAGGGAAUCCAUCACAGCCGCGCUCCACCUAUGUAUUUCGCGCCACUCUUGAGCAUGUAUUUCGGUUGGUCCAUAAUGUCAUGAGGCAUUUCUCAUGUUGCCGCCUCCAAAAUGCGAAGCUGGUUUUUUUUUUUUUUUUGUGAGCAGGAACUGGACACUGCUACGGACACGGAUAGAUAGUUUCUCAGGGAGAAUGACUACUUGUAUAGUCUCACAACCUAUUGUAGUGACCAUCUGGUA